AUGCCGCGGGCGGCAGCAGCACCGCUGUGCAGCUCAGCGGCGGAGCCCGGACCAGAGCACCACGCUGCUCGCCGCGCAGCCUCCACCACCGUGAACGCUCCGUGGGGCCGUGCUCCGAAGAGGGCGAGACACGCACCGGUCCUGCACCAACAGCAACAGCAGCAGCAGCAGCUGCUGCAACCAGUCGCUGCCUCGGCAGCUGAGGAUGUUGCUACCAGUUGGUCACAUCAACAGCUACAACAGCAGCAGCAGCAGCAGCAGCAGCUACAAAACCAUGUGCCACAACAACAACACCAGAAUCAUCAUCAGGCAAUUACACAUCAACAACAGUCGUGGCUGGCUCAACACCAGCACCAACAACAACAGCAGCACCACCAACAACAACAACCCUUACAACAGCAACCAGUACCAUCAUCCCACCAACAACCACAAGAACCUGCUGAAGAAGAUUACGAGGAAUCAAAUACUGGAGAUGGUGAAGAGGAUAGAAAUGUCAAUGAAGAAGAAGAUGGAGAAAGAGAUGAAGAUGAAAAACACUGA